UGGCGUGCACUCUGUGGUGGCAAAGUGGUUAGGGCUUAAGGAUCCGGUUUAUUCAGAUCGAUAUGCAGUGCGUGGACUAGGAGUUUUUCCUGAAGGUCAUGCAUUGAAGCAUGAGCCUCAACAAUUUCUUGUAGAAGAGGAAGAAAUGGCGAAAGGAGACCCAAAGAUCAUACAAAAGACAAUGUUAGAGAGAGUGCCCGAAUCUUUACAAAUCGUCAAAGAUGUUAUACAACAUGCUUAUAUGCCGAGUUUAUCAUGGGGACCCCUGCGAUUUAGAUACCCAUGGGAUCUCCUUUUUGGUAAAGUUUCAAACGGCACAAUUACUGUAGCAGGUGAUGCGAUGCACCCAAUGACACCAGACCUAGGACAAGGUGGGUGUUCAUCAUUAGAAGAUGCAGUGGUGUUGGGACGCCAUAUAGGAAAUUCAUAUAUCAGAAAUGACGGAAUGCUAUUACAAGAGGACUUGGAAGUUGAAAUAGGAAUGUAUGUUGAAGAGAGAAGAUUUCGAGCCGCUGGUUUGAUUUCUGGUUCAUACAUUUCUGGCUGGGUUCAACAAGGUGGUGGCGGUGUUGGUAUAAUCUCAUCAUUAAAAGUUGUAGGAUGGUUGACGAAAAUUCUCCGUGAUAAGGUAUUUUAUAAGGAGUUUGGCCGGCUAAGUGGUUUGGUGCAAUAUGACUGUGGAAAGUUACCUACCGGAUUAACUUCCUCUGAGAUGGACAAUGUGGUUAUGUGAUAAGAAAUCCCCAAUUACUUAGAAUUUUUAAUUAAAACUAGGAUUAGGGUUAGAAAUCCUUAAAUUCUCUUGUUUUAGGCAUUAGUUUAUUUUUGGAAAUUGUUCCGUUUUAAGAAUUUUAUUUUAGAUUCCUAGUUAUAGAAGUAGUUUCCUUUCUAGGUUACCUUUCCUUAAUUUUAUAGUUUAGUGGCUUAUAUAAGAAGGUCUAGUGUUAUUAGUUUGAUUAUCUAUGAGAAUUAUAAGUUUGUUCUAAGUUUCUGUGUUCUUUUAAAGUCUACUCUACUGGCCGUGGGUAAGAACUAUUAAGUUCUUAUCAAUCGGUAUCAGAGCAGGCGUAUCCUGUUUAUGACCAAAACUCGAAAACAAAAACAAGUAAUUAUGGAGAAGCAAUUAGGUGAGAUAACGGAGAAGAUGGCUGAGAUGACAUCAAAUCAAGCUUUGUUAAUUGAGAGGAUCGGCCAGCUUGUGGAAAGCAAAGCAGUUGGGAAUAAUGAGGGACAAAACCAAUCAAAAAGAGGAGGUGAGCGACUAUAUUAGUUUGAU